AUGUUCCAAAAAGUCGUGUUGGUUUUGUGCAUUGUCGGCAUUGCUACUGCUCAAGAAGGAUUCAAAGAUUGCCUGCAGCAGGAUUCAAUCUCAUGUGUUCAAUUAGCGAUUUACAGAAAAGCCAGAGAAUUCUUUGACUCACCAAAAAUUGAAUUACUCGGAGGACUCUCAUUCAUUAAGCCAACUGGUCGUGAUGCACGCUCAUCAAAUGUUGACGGAACAUUAGUCGAAUCAGCCAACGAUGUCGAACAACGUGAAAAUGCUUUAGAAGGAUUCGUUACAGACGGUGCCAAGAGCUUCUUCGCAGAACGCUCAUUGAACCUCGAUAUGGCUGCCGCUGCACGUAGCUUAUCAGGAGCAAUUCCAGAAGAAGUUAAAUCAUCAGUCCGUUCAAUGGUCUCAGAAGCCCGUGGCAAGAAGAAGAAGAUCCUCAAGGCCCUCCUCCCAAUCCUCGGAUUAGUCAAACUGAAGGUUGCUGCUUUAGCCGUCAUUGCUCUUUUCGGAAUUGCCUUGAUCGCCAAGAAGGCCUUAGUCAUCUCAAUCAUCGCUCUCAUCUUGUCCAAAUUCUUGCUCAUCAAGAAAUUGUUGUCAAAGGGUAAGGGAGAUGGUGCAGCCGCUGGAGGACUUUUGGAUGCCUUCGAUAGCCUCGGAGCUCACAGCCAGCCAAUCGGACAACAACUUGCUUACUCAGGACACAAGCAAUACUAAAUACUCGAAGU